CUGGAUAACAGUAAAGUUUUGCAGCAGUUGCAGUUCGAAAGGCUCCGCUUCACUGAGGAGAAUGAACGCGCACGGAGGUCGUUGGAACACAAAAAGCUGGAGCUUGAGGCUCAGCGUUUGGAUCUCAUUCGGCAGGGGAAAAUAACGUCACCUGGUGCAGCAGGUCAUAAGCUCGAUAUAGCGACUAGUCUACACUUGCUUCCUCGCUUUAAUGAAAAAGACGUCGAUACAUUUUUUCUUCUGUUUGAGCGUGUGGCUGAUACACAGGACUGGCCUGGUUCACACCGUGCGCUUCUGCUCCAGAGCCGUCUCACAGGAAAGGCACAGCGGGCUUUCUCUGCCUUAACUGUGGAAGAGGCCCGUGAUUACGACCUGGUGAAAGCUUCGGUGUUGCGGGCAUACGAAUUAAUUCCGGAGGCGUAUCGUCAACGCUUUAGGAAUAUGCGGCGACUUUCGGACCAGACGAACGUUGAGUUUGCAAGGGAGUUGCGUCUGCAAUGUCAGCGAUGGUGUGUUGCUUGUAAGGUUGAGUCUUAUGAGGAGUUGAUAGAUUUAAUUGUCCUCGAGCAAUUCAAGAACACAUUGCCAGAGCGUGUUGCAACGUACGUUGCGGAGAAGCAGGCAACUAGUGAGUCUGUCGCUGCGGUGUUGGUAGAUGAGUACGAGUUGACUCACAAAGCUCAUAUGCGCUCAUCUAACGUCCGCAAGGUUGAUUUUUCUACCAAUAGAAGCGUGAACGUUGGUGCACAGUCACAUCAGUCUUCUGGAGUAGAUCGCUCGAGUAGAUCUGACGCGGAUCAGGGUUGCCGGUACUGUCAUGCAACUGGUCAUUCAAAGUGGACAUGUCCAGUGCUAAAAGUUAAAUCAAAAGAGCGUUUUUUUGAGGUGAAGCCGGACAUGUUGGCAGUAUCUCCUUCAGACUCGAGUGUUGAUUCGUUGCAGCCUACUGGAGUGAAUUCUAGUUACGCUCCGUUCGUUUCCAGUGGUUUUGUUUCUUUAAAAGACGGUGAUGAUUUAGUUCCAGUUAAAAUUCUCCGUGACACAGGAGCGUCAGAGUCGUUCAUUAUGGAGUCUGUUUUGCCAUUUUCUCCCACUUCAAGUUCUGGAAGAUCUCUUUUAGUUCGGGGAAUUGACCUCACUACUUUUGAAGUUCCAUUACAUAGAGUCAAGUUGUUUUCUGAGUUGGUUGAGGGGGAGCUUGAGUUGGGAAUUCGCCCUGCCCUCCCUGUUGAUGAUGUCCACGUGAUUCUUGGGAAUAAUUACGCGGGAGGAGCUGUUUGGCGGAGUAAUCCUGUGUCUGUAGUAUCUUCUUCUCCUCAGCUGAGAGCGGAGACUGCUGAUUCGGAGCAGUUCCCUGACGUGUUUGCAGCUUGUGCCGUGACCCGCUCAGCUACUCGUGCUGCGGCGGACGCCGUGCAGCUCAAGAGCCCAGAUGACAACUUUUUGGACAAAGUGGAAAACGCCUACCAGGAAAAGGGGUUUUAGUUGGAGAUGGGUUCGGAAAUUUAGUUGUUUUGUAAUUGGUGUCUUUUGAUACUCUGCAAGCUCCUUCUUAAGGGGGGGGGUGUUACGGCCACAUUGGCCUUUCGGUUGUCUUGGUUGUGUGCUACGUGUUUUGUCUGCCUUUACUCUAAUAGGCCUGGACCCGCAUGUUCCAGGAUGGGGGUGUGCCCGCGUACGGGGUGUGUCCCCGUGUACAGGAAAAAAGGGGGCCUGGCCUGGAGAGACGAAGAGCGGGAGCGGGAGAUUUUGAUUUGUGCUUUGCACCAUGAAUGUUCUUAUCUGUUAU